AAAAACAUCAUGAUCAACCCACGUAAGAAAGCUUUAACGAAACGAUCUCGUACGGGUUGUCGCACUUGUCGUGCUCGUCGCGUCAAGUGCGAUGAAACACCUAUCGCCUGCAACAACUGCACCAGUUCUGGUAGAGCUUGCGACGGAUACGAUGUACACAGACUUAUUCCUGGGGGUGGCCGACGUAAGACUGGAAAUCUUGUUCCAGUUUUCACCAUUCCCGCCGACAUGAACCGCAAGCUGCAGUGGACGGCUACCUCAGACGAGCGCCGAUGCCUGUCUUUCUUUCAACAUAGAUCGGUAGAGCACUUGGUUGGCUUUUAUGAUUCACCUCUGUGGCAGCAGGUGAUCUUCCGCCUCUGCUACCAAGAGCCCGCCAUCUAUCACGCGGUAAUUGCUCUGGGGGCUGUCAACCAGGCCAACGAGAUCGCAGGCUGUAUUCCCCGCGCUGGACAGAGUACUGUGCAUUUGCAGAAUACAUGGUACCAGUUUGCGCUUGAACAGUCUGGACGUGCGAUCACACUGUUGAACAAAAGACGCAUGUCACAAGAUCCCCAGCUGCAGGAGGUUAUCCUUGUCUGCUGUCUACUCUUCGUGAUCUGCGAGCUACUCCAUGGGAAUCGCAAUCAUGCUAAUUUUCACAUCCAAGGGGGACUGCAGAUUCUACACGUGAUGAAGAUCCAGCGGCAAACUACGGGGCUGGAGCUUAGCCAAGAGACCGUCUUCGGUGGGCCAUCCGGCCCCAGGUUCUCGGUGGAAAACUGCGUGGUGGAGAUGUUUCUGAAGCUUCAGGAAUCGUCCGUUUUUUAUGGCACCGAGAACCCGUUGGACUUUGACAGCCACUUCGUAUUUGGACAACCGUACGAAAGGUACAUGCAACAUUUUCAAAGUCUGGGACAUGCAAAACAGGUAUUGAAGCCUUUGACCCAGGCUAACUUCCUCUUUACCGCGCUUUAUCUCAAGGCAUCGGAUAACUACAUUCGAGAAGACUACGCAUCCCUACAGCACCGCCAACUCCUGUUGCUCUCAUAUUUUCACCGAUUUCUCUGCCAAUUCGAGAUAUUUUGUGCACAGGAAUAUCCAGACAGCGCAGAUGGCACAUCUCAACUCAACAAAGGACAACGCGAAGCGGAGUUGAUCAAGCUCAGUUGCCGACAGGGCAUCCUCGCCUCGAAGGUGGCUCUCUACUACAAAAGUGAAUUGUGGCCCGAGAGCCUGACUCACGAAUGCGAAGCCCUGAUCAUCGCAUCUGAAAACGCAAUGGCCAAAUUUGGCGGCGAGUAUCCGGCCGUCACAGCUGACCUGGCAAUAAUGCCAGCGUUGAUCAUCAGCAUCUUCCGAUGUCCGGACUACGGCGUCCGCGCGCGGGGGGUUGCGGCCAUUCGCUCCUGGCGGUCGGAGGAAGGGUUCAUGAGCGCCACCCUGACAUCUGACAUUAUGGAAGAAGGGAUGAAGAAGGAGUUGCAGUCGAUUUAUGAUAAGGCGGAGCCAUGGCCCCGAGGAGUGGUAUUUGUGGAGGACGACGGUCUGGUGACGGCGCGGGUGUCGUAUUGGGUGGAUGCUGAGGAGAAGCGACACUGUCUACCCCUAAGGCGGAAUGAGAUCUUGAUUGCUGAUUUGACUGCGAUCGAGAAUGCCAAGCACUGGCCGUGUGUUCGCAUGUGGGGAUUGCUCGAUGAUGUGAAUUUGUGA